GGAAUAGUGCUUAAAUUUUUCAUUAUGGUACGGCAGUUGGCGCUUUCGACAGGGUAAAAGUGAAGCGUACUUAGUUGUUGGUGAUUUUGCUAUUGUCGGACAUUUAGUAGUUUUCUUCGUGAAGAGUAAACAAAUAAUAGAGACAGUUUCUGUACUGAAUCUUCAGUGUUUGUGUAUCAGGAUAGUUCUUGAAUAACGCUGCUAUGAGUUACUACAAACCCAGUUACAGCCAGUCUGUAGCAAUGGUUCGAGGUAGAGGAUAUUCUUCGAGAAGUUCUUAUCGCGGUGGUUCUGGUCGAGGUAAUUCCUCAUGGGGAGGAAACAGAGGACGAGGAGAUGGAGGAUAUUCAGGUUCAAGAUAUUCCUCACAUUUUUCUGGUAUGGAAUCCAGGAGUCCUUAUGAUUCGAAACCCAAGUAUUCAAGUUCAGCAGACAGAUUUUCUAGAUCAGAUGAUUACCAUAAGUCUUACAGAUCUGACUCCAGCUACUUAGGCCGUGAAAGCAGGCGGUCCCCUGAACGCAAAAGAAUGAGAUUAGAUGCUACUAGUUCAAGACAUGAAAGUUCUUAUGGAGGAUAUGGAGCGAGUGGUAGACACGACCCUCCCAGCUAUUCGGAGCGAAGAUAUUCUGGAGAGAGGCACACCUCCACCCCAUUCUCUACCAGAAGAGAUGAAUUUCGAAGGCCUUCCGGACCUCCUCGAGGAACUUAUAGAGGUCGCCUCAGUACUAGGGGCACAAGAGGGCUAAGAGGUAGAGACCGCCCGAUAAGAAGACGUCUGGUAGACAGUUCAUAUACAAUACGCAAGCGAAUUGUACCUAGAACAUCUGACUACAGUAGGAGGUUAAAGAUAUCUAGAAUGAGGAG